AGUCCCGGUCAGUUGGGGGGGUUAUCUUUCGCCAGAGCUCGGCUGGUGGGCGCAUUGGUCCCUGCAACGUUCACCCGGUAGGAUUUCUCAGAUACCGAUCCAAUCAUGUCUAAAGGAAAGGAUAUGGGCUCUGCCUUCAUCCAGACGCAGCAGCUCCACGCUGCCAUGGCCGACACUUUCCUGGAGCACAUGUGUCUUCUGGACAUCGACUCCGAGCCAGCCGUGGCUCGCAACACCGGAAUCAUCUGCACCAUCGGACCCGCCUCCCGAUCAGUGUCCAUGGCCAAGGAGAUGAUCAAAUCUGGGAUGAACAUUGCAAGAAUGAACUUCUCUCACGGAACUCAUGAGUAUCAUGCUGAGACCAUCAAGAAUGUCCGUGAAGCCACCGAGAGCUUCGGAUCCGGCACCAUCGAGUACAGACCAGUGGCCAUCGCUCUGGACACCAAGGGACCCGAAAUCAGGACUGGACUCAUCAAGGGCAGUGGCGAAGCUGAGGUCGAGUUGAAGAAGGGAGGUCACAUCAAGCUGACCCUGGACGACAAGUACAAGGACAACUGUGAUGAGAAGCACCUGUGGUUGGACUACAAGAACAUCACCAAGAUCCUUAAGGUCGGAGCUCACGUCUACAUCGACGACGGCCUCAUGUCCCUGAAGGUCAAGGAAGUUGGCGCUGACUUCCUGGACUGUGAGAUUGAGAAUGGUGGAACUCUGGGCUCUAAGAAGGGUGUGAACUUGCCCGGUGCUGCUGUGGACCUGCCCGCUGUCUCUGAGAAGGACAUCCAGGAUCUGCAGUUCGGUGUGGAACAGGGAGUGGACAUGGUCUUCGCCUCCUUUAUCCGUAAGGCAGCUGAUGUACACGCCGUCAGGAAGGUGCUGGGAGAGAAGGGCAAACACAUCAAGAUCAUCUCCAAACUGGAGAACCACGAGGGCGUCCGCAGAUUCGAUGAGAUCCUGGAGGCUAGCGAUGGCAUCAUGGUUGCCCGCGGUGACCUGGGUAUUGAGAUCCCCACAGAGAAGGUGUUCAUCGCCCAGAAGAUGAUGACCGGACGCUGCAACAGGAUCGGCAAGCCCAUCACCUGCGCCACACAGAUGCUGGAGAGCAUGAUCAAGAAGCCCCGCCCUACUCGUGCUGAGGGUUCCGAUGUCGCCAAUGCCGUUCUGGACGGUAACGACUGCAUCAUGCUGAGUGGUGAGACCGCCAAGGGAGACUACCCACUUGAGGCUGUCCGCACACAGCACAAGAUUGCUCGUGAGGCAGAGGCCGCCAUGUACCACAGGCAGAUGUUUGAGGAAAUCCGUCGUACCUCCCACCUGACCCGUGACCCCACUGAGUCCGUUGCCAUUGGCGCCGUCGAGGCUUCCUUCAAGUGCUGUGCCAGUGCCAUCAUCGUGCUCACCAAGACUGGCAGGUCCGCCCAUCUGCUGUCCAGGUACAGGCCCCGUGCCCCCAUCAUCGCUGUGACCCGCUGCGGCCAGACCGCCCGUCAGGCCCAUCUGUACCGCGGUAUCUACCCAGUGCUGUACACCAAGCCUGCCAACGAUGUCUGGGCCGAGGAUGUCGACCUCCGCGUCAACUUCGCCUUGGAGAUGGGCAAACACCGUCACUUCUUCAAGUCUGGAGAUGUCAUCAUUGUCGUGACCGGAUGGCGUCCAGGCCCUGGUUACACCAACACCAUGCGUGUUGUGCUUGUUCCUUGAACAAACUCCAAAGGACAUUACUCCUCCCCCCUUUACCCAUCUCCUGUUCCUAUAACUCCUCCCCCCUUUACCCAUCUCCUGUUCCUAUAACUCCUCCCCCCUUUACCCAUCUCCUGUUCCUAUAACCCCCCCCCUUUACCCAUCUCCUGUUCCUAUAACUCCUCCCCCCUUUACCCAUCUCCUGUUCCUAUAACUCCUCCCCCCUUUACCCAUCUCCUGUUUCUAUAACUCCUCCCCCUUUACCCAUCUCCUGUUUCUAUAACUCCUCCCCCUUUACCCAUCUCCUGUUUCUAUAACUCCUCCCCCCUUUACCCAUCUCCUGUUUCUAUAACUCCUCCCCCUUUACCCAUCUCCUGUUUCUAUAACUCCUCCCCCUUUACCCAUCCCCCCCGGAAGACAUCUAUUUGUCCUCCACGAUUCUCUCGACUCCACCUUUGUAACCAAGACAACCUAGGUAACCUAGGGAACCAAACAGCAACACCAGGCCACUUCUUCAAAGGACGUUUGGGUGGUGCCAUUCAUACACAGACAGUCACUUUCCAACACUCCUUUAAUUCCUAUGUUACUAUUACAUAGGUGUUUCACCUCCUGUGUCCAAGUCAUCCUUCGACAGGUUACACACCCUGCUGAAAACACACACCUGUCCUGACUGAGUUUUCACAGUGAACAAUAUGAAGUACAUGUUUGUUGUUUCCUUCUACAUGUACAUUGUACCGUAAUCACACCUCUGCAUGUCAGAGUCACUCGUUGUCAGUGGCUUUGUGGUCGUUGACGUGGGUUAUGAAUAUAUAACGAGGAUCCUGCUCUAUGUGGGUCUUUCUCGUCACCUGGUAGACAGGUAAGACUCCACUGACAUGUUGAAGGUAACGGUAACAUCAUGUUGUUGCUGAGGGUUAUGGGGGAUCUGGGCAUGACUGGGUUUCCAUUAAAAAGAUGAACACCUGA